AUGGCGACGAUACGCCCAACACGCCUCCCGCCUCCCUCGCGGGCUGCCAACCGCCCGGUCGAGCGCCUCGCUAGCUUGAAGAACCCUCACCCAACCCCGAUCCGACGCCCGCAGACCAAGCCCACCACCCAUCCCAAAACCACCACCUGUCCAAACCCGGGCUGCCCGGCCCCGCAUAUCGUCGAGGAUGACGGCCAGAAAGUGUGCUCCGGCUGCGGCACCGUCAUCAGCGAAGCCAAUAUAGUGUCCGAAAUCACCUUUGGCGAGUCCUCCUCCGGCGCUGCCAUCGUGCAGGGCACGUUUAUCGGCGCGGACCAGAGCCAUGGCCGGAGCACUGGCCCCGGGUUCCAGCGGGGUGGAGGGGUGGAGAGCAGAGAAAUCACCGAACAAAAUGGAAAUCGAUAUAUCGCCCAACUGUCGCGCGCCCUGAAUAUCCCUGAAAGCGCCUCCAAAGCCGCUGGACAGGUGUUCAAGCUUGCCGUAGGACUGAACUUUAUUCAAGGGCGACGGACAAAGACGGUUGCCGCCAUCUGCCUGUACGUCGCUUGUCGACGACAGGAUGGAAAUACGGUCAUGCUGAUCGAUUUUGCUGAUGUCUUGAUGAUCAAUGUCUUUAAACUAGGCCGUACCUACAAAGCCCUCCUGGAUGAAUUACGACUUGGGGGCAAUAUCUUCAUCAUGAACCCCAUAGACCCCGAAAGCCUGAUCUAUCGAUUUGCAAAGCAACUAGAAUUUGGUCCGUCGAUGAUGCAAGUUGCAAGCGAAGCCGUCCGCAUCGUACAAAGGAUGAAUCGCGACUGGAUGAUCACCGGACGACGACCAGCCGGUAUCUGUGGAGCUGCGCUGAUUCUCGCUGCUCGCAUGAACAAUUUUCGGCGCACCGUUCGGGAAGUCGUGUACGUCGUCAAAGUCACAGAGCUGACUAUCCAUCAACGUCUCAAUGAAUUCAAAGCCACAGAGAGCGGUGAUCUCACAGUCGAUCAGUUCCGUUCAGUGGACUUGGAAACUUCACACGAUCCACCUUCGUUUAGCCACUCGAAAGAUCCUAGGAGAGUCAACAAAAGGAAGAAACGAAAGGCCCCGGAAACCGCGGCAGAAAUCGAAGACGAUGAGGAGGAUACAAGCCCAACACCGCCUGCCUCAAAGCGCCCUCGUCGAGUCGAUGCAGACGGAUUCGCAGUGCCGGAUAUCCCCAUCGACCCGGCGAUUUUAGGUCCAGAGGAACAAGUCCAUCAAUUAUCCACAGAGAGCAACACUACUACCAGUGGAACAGACAAACCCAAACAGCCCAAAAGCAACAAGAAGCAACAGAUUCCGGAGCCUACUGAAGAAGAUUUGGCGUCAGAGUCCGCACUCGAAAGUGAAAUGACAGCACUCCUCUCCUCUGGCUCUUCUCUGGUUGCCAGCGCCGGACCUCCCAAGACUACCCCGCCUUCCAACGCAGAAUCUUCUUCCGCAAAACGGCAGGGUAAGCCGGUAUCCGACAGUCAGGAUAUUGAUCCCGCCGAGUUUGAUUCGGACCCUGAGGUUCGUCACUGCCUACUCUCUCCGACCGAAGUAGAAAUCAAAGAACGCAUCUGGGUCCAUGAAAAUAAAGACUACCUGCGAGCACAACAAGCCAAGGCCCUGAAACGAGCAUUAGCAGCAGCAGACCCGUCAACCGCAGGCGGAGCGCAUAAACCUCGAAAACGACGAAAGGGUCGCAUUGGAGACGUCACAUAUCUAGCAGGCGAAGGCGGCGAUGGUGACAGGGCCUCAUCACGCGCGUCUACCCCAGCGGAAGCAACCAGGCUCAUGCUCGAGAGAAGAGGAUUCAGCAAGAAGAUCAACUACUCCCUCCUCGAAAAGCUAUACGAGGACGACGUCGAAGUCAAACGCAAAGAAAGCGAGUCCGAAGGCGUUCAAAGCCGCAGCCGCAGCCGCAGCCAGAGUGUGGCCCGAAGCAUCCGCAGCUCCAGCGUCGUCUCCGACCGCGGCUUUGGCGGUUUGAACAGUCUUCGGUCGUCUGCGCGCUCGAGGAUCCUCAAGGGCACACAGGCCGCCGCGGCGGUGCUGAGAGCGAGCGCGACUCCCGAGCCGAGCAGGAGAGCGUUCCCCGUCCCGCGGGCCACCCCGGUGGCAGCCAAGGUGCCUGAACCGGAACCGGAACCGGAACCGGAACCAGCACAGCCUUUGAAUCCAAACGAAGAAAUCCUGGGGUAUAUUCCUGAAACGGAACCUGCGCGACCUACGGUGGAGGGGGGAUAUGAUGAAGACGAGGAGGAAGAAGAAGAAGAGGAUGAGGAUGCGGAGGAGGAUGAUGACCGGAUCGACGCGGCGUUUUCUGGGAAUUAUUAUGACGAGGGUAGCGAAGGGGGAUAUGACGAUGAUUAUUGA